AAAGGAAAGGAAAAAAAAAAAUUUUAUUUGGCUAUUCAGCAGAUUUGAGUAUUCAGCAAAUAUCACGCAGUACAAAAAUAAUCAGCCGAAAACGAUGCUGUUUGUUUCCGUUGUAAAUAAAGAAUUGUGAUCUUUAUUUUUUUAACUAACAUUUCGCAAUUAUAUAAUCUUAAGAGCUAUUUAUUGAAACAUUUAUUCUAUGAUUUAUGUAUUAUAAAAUCUGCUGAAUGUUUUUUUACAGUAUAUGUAUUUAAAUUGAAAUAUUAACAGUAUUUAAUCGACUUUAAAACAGACAAGGUAUACUCAAGAUCUUAACUAACAAGAUCCUUUUUGGUAUUGAUGAAAUAACGAAACCUUAGCACGUGUGGGGCACACAUAUCAUUAGCUUCAUCAUUGUUUUUAAGUUGAAAACAUGUCUGGACUAGAAGAAGUGGGAAUACCCGGUAAAGAUUAUUUAAGAGACUCUCUGACAAAUUGUGCUGAUCCUUUAAAGGCCAUUGAAGAUUUUCAAACAGAAAAUGGCAUUCUCCUUCCCUCUCUGAGACCAAUGUUGCCUCUUCUUGACCGCCACGGUGUUCCUCGUCAAGAGUUUCAUCUUUCUGUUCUGGAAGAAUUAAAAGAUACUUUAAUAGCUCAAAUUGAAAAUCUAUCCAAACAUGAUGGAAGAGAGAGGGAAAGGAAACUGAAAGAACUUCUCCAAAAAAGUUUUAUAUUAAUCAAUGUGCCUAAGAUAAAACCUGUUGUGCUAUGUAUCUUGAAACAUAUGGAUAGAGUUGAAGAAAGGUAUUUAAAACACCUUGUUAGCAAUAAGCAGCUUUAUGAUGAAUGUGAUGUUCAAGUUAAGCGACAAAUAUGGCAAGAUAACCAAUCGCUGUUUGGGGAUGAAGUUUUGCCUCUUCUUAGCCAGUACAUAAAAGAAAAAGAAGAUUUGCUUUUUAAGCAUUCAGAGCCUAUUUCCCAGUUUUUUGCUCCCUCCCCCAAACAAAGAAGACAGGGUGAUGUCAUCCAAAAAUUGUUGACGAUGAUCGGACAUAACGUGAAACUUUAUGACAUGGUCCUGCAAUUCUUAAGAACACUUUUCUUAAGGACAAAGAAUGUACAUUACUGCACCUUGAGAUCUGAAUUACUUAUGGCUCUUCAUGAUUUAGAGAUCCAGGAAAUUACUCAUGUGGAUCCUUGCCAUAAAUUUACCUGGUGCCUAGAUGCCUGUAUUCGGGAAAAAAACGUUGAUGUCAAACGCUCAAGAGAACUUCAAGGAUUUUUGGAUAGCAUCAAAAGGGGAAAUGAGCAAGUUCUGGGGGAUUUAUCUAUGACUCUCUGUGAUCCUUAUGCAGUUAAUUUUCUAGCAACAUCAGCUUUAAAAAUUAUAACAUAUCUCAUAAGUCAAGAAGGGUAUGCUAGGGAAAAUGCUGUUUUAGUUUUAUUGCUUCGUAUGCUGGCAUUGGGCUUACAGGCAUGGGAAAUGAUUAGUACUCAGAUAUUUAAAGAACCUAAACUGGAUGCUCAACUUGUGACUAAAUUCCUACCAUCUCUGAUGUCACUCAUCGUAGAUGACCAGAUUCGAGCUAUCAAUGCUAAAUUGCCUCAGGAUGAUAGAGAGUCUGCCAUCACUACUAUUGAGCACUUUGGUCCACCCCCCGAUGCAUAUCAGGCAUACAUACAAGAAAAUGGUGUUGCUUCAGUGUUAGCUAUGUAUUACACACUACAGAAUGCUCGACAGAAAGAUCGCCAUGGCUUGAUGAGAGUUCUUGGCACUCUUGCCUUGUGUGAGAAUGACAGAGCAUUCGAAGAUCCGUUUCUGAAUAGUUUGAUUUCUUUUUUGGUCACCAACUUGCUGGAAGAAUUUUCUGCUGAAGACUUCUGCACGGUGGUAUUUGACGAGUUUUUUCUAACGGGACUGGCUAAGGAGAGUGUUGUGGGGCACAUUUUAAAACUGUUGGCUUACGUAUAUACGAAACUUCCACCCAGUCGAUUGGAUAGUGUGAUGAAGGCACUGCAACCAUGUGCACAGCACUAUGAAAGUAUACAACCUGCAUUUAUCGAGAUACAGAAAUUGCUGAAAAAUCAUCAACCAGUAUGCAUUCCAAAACAAAUGGAGGUCGAUUCUCCACUGCUUAGUGUACCUACUCCUGCUCCUGUUUGACUUCAUAUUCAGUGUCAUUCCAUUCACUCUAAGCAUUAAUGCAGUUUUUUCUUUU